UUAUGACGUUGCGUCAUUGUAUUUUUACAAAAUGCAAGAAAUAUUUCUAUUUAUUUGUGUUUUAGGUCUAGCAAAAUACUCAGUGUGCGAAAUUUAUACACCGAUUUUUUUCAAUGAAGAAGAAGUUAGGCAUGUUAGGGAGGUUCCCAAAGAAAAGCCCCCUUGUAAGGAAGCUGCUCUGGUUAAAAUUUUAGCUGAUUGUCAAGUAAUCAGUCCGGAAAGUAUAGUUGAUAUCGCCAUAACUGAUUUUGAUUCAGCUUGCAAGAUAGUUUCUACACAGACCAGGAAAGUGGAGAAAUUGUACAAAAAUUGCACUGCUUCAGGCCUGUAUAUGUACUUGAUCAAUGGACUGCUAUCAUUUGAUGAGAAAUUAUGUAAAAGUAACGAGUUUUAUAAUGAAUAUGACCGUUACGAUAAUUUUCAAUCUCUUACCAACUGA